AAGAAAAUCUAUAUAAACGGAACGCCCCGCUUCAAUCCCUCUACAAAUCCUUUUCAACCCUCUGGAUUUCCUAUUCUGACCCUUACUUGCUUCAAUCUACCAGCUCGGCCAAGCCUUGUCUUACCAGAGUAAUAGAGUACUGCAAAAUGGGCCACCCUUCAGUACCACUAUCUGCCCACCUUCCCCCGCUGGUGAUGGGCACCGCAACCUUCAACACCCAAUUUAACCACGACCCUUACGCCCUCCCAACCACCGAACUCAUUCAUCGCGCCCUCGCCAGUGGCGUUUGCGCCUUCGAUACCUCACCCUACUACGGCCCCGCCGAAGAACUAUUAGGCCGAGCUCUGGCAACCGACUACGUCCGCGCAAAUCACCCCCGAAAAUCCUACAGGAUUCUAACCAAAGUCGGUCGCGAGUACGCCUCGUCCUUCGACUAUUCGCCGGAAUGGGUGCGUAUUAGUAUCAAGCGCAGUCUUCAGCGCCUGCAUACGGGUUAUCUGGAUUUGGUGUACUGUCAUGAUGUCGAGUUCGUGAGCCCCGCGGAGGUCCUGCAGGCUGUGCGGGAACUGCGGCGCAUCCGCGAUGAGGAAGGUACUAUCUGCUACGUGGGAAUUUCAGGGUACCCGAUUGAUGUACUGUGUGAAUUGGCGGAGAUGGUACUGCGCGAGACAGGCGAGCCCCUCGAUGCAGUCAUGUCGUAUGCGCAUUUUACGCUGCAGAAUACCUCCCUUCUAACCCGGGCACUGCCACGCUUGCUUAACGCCGGUGUCGACGUCGUCCCCAACGCCUCGCCGCUUGGUAUGGGACUACUGCGACGGCAGGGCGUCCCCAUCGGUAGUCAGGGCGAUUUCCACCCGUCGCCGGCGGGGUUGCGGGGUGCUAUCCAGAAGGCGGCGGAAUGGGCCGAUUCGCAGGGAGAACGGAUCGAGGUAGUUGCGAUUCGGUAUGCGCUGGAGAGAUGGCUUCGCGAGGCAACUGAAGUCGGUGCAUCGGGAUCGCCACCGCUUGUGCCUUCUGCUGGCAUCGAGGAAGUGUCGAGCAAUGGCGGAAGCAAGCCCGUGCACGGACGUCUCGGUGUCAGCGUCAUGGGCGUGAGUAACGUCGAAGAAUUGAACGAGACUUUGCGCGUCUGGCACAGUAUCCUCGAAGGGUUGGAUACUGCACCUGCGCCUGCAUCUGAUAAUGCGAACUGGUCACGCACACGUCGGCAGCAAAUCCUCACACUCGCGCAGGGCAUCCAGUCAAUUAUUGGCUCGGAGUGGGUGGACUAUGCCUGGGAGAGUCCAGGGCCAGGGUUUAUAAAUACCUUGCCCGAGAAGCAUCUCGACGAAUUGCGGAAGGCUAGAGCUGAGUCUGGAUAGACUGCCGAAAAGAUUAUGCGUCUACGAAAGCACGGACACGACAUAAUAUGUACUCUCGAAUAAACAACAUUUUUAUGAGAUAUAGAAUUGUCGCAUUAUAGUACAAUUUCUCCCGUCAAUACGACAUAGACUACAUCCAAAAGUACGGGAACAUUCUCAUUUAACUCUAAAAUCCAAUAAUGUGUAAAUACAAACAUAAUUAUUGGCAUUUAAACUCAACAUGGGCAUAACAGAGGCCUCAAAGCAGCAAAGAAUUUCAACUGGUCCAAUAAAUUCAGUGCAUAACGUUUUCGCAAUUCGGGGAAGAAACUAAAAGGAAACGCCAGAGAUAGAAGGAAAGAAGACAAAUCAAAAUAAUAAUAAAACCAGG